CCGGCGGAGUGUCGGUCAUGUGACCGGCUCCCAUUGUACAGCACCUCUGCAGAGAUAACAGAAACUUUGUUACGGGCGCACAGAUCUGCGAGUGUUUUGAUACUGCUGGGUAAAACGGUUCAAAAUGGGACUUCGGGAAGAGCUUUUAAAGUCCAUUUGGCACGCUUUUACGGCUUUGGACGUGGACAGGAGCGGGAAAGUAUCUAAAUCGCAGUUAAAGGUUCUCUCUCACAAUCUGUGCACAGUGAUGAAGAUCCCUCAUGAUCCCGUGGCACUGGAGGAGCAUUUCAAGGACGAUGACGAAGGGCCUGUUUCCAAUCAGGGGUACAUGCCCUACCUGAAUAAGUUCAUUCUAGAUAAGGUCCAGGACAAUUUUGAUCGUUUGGAUUUCAACAAGAUGUGCUGGACUCUGUGCGCAAGAAAAAACCUCAUUAAAAACUACUUGCUUAUCACAGAUGAGGAUGCCUUCAAAAUCUGGUGCAUCUUUAACUUUCUCUCUGAAGACAAGUACCCUCUGGUUAUUGUCACUGAAGAGAUUGAGUACUUUCUACGGAAGCUCACGGAUGCCAUGGGUGGGAGUUGGAUCGAGGAGAAGUUUGAGGACUACAAGACCCAGCUAAACAGCAAGGAGCAGUGCCUGACGGCCUGGGAGCUGAUCGACCUGAUUGGGACAGGGCAAUUCAGUAAGGGAAUGGACAGGCAGACCCUCUCCAUGGGCAUCACUGAGGUCUUCCAGGAGCUCAUUAUGGAUGUGCUCAAACAAGGUUACAUGAUGAAGAAAGGGCACAAACGGAAAAACUGGACAGAGCGCUGGUUCCUGCUGCGCCCCAGUGCUAUUUCGUACUACGUGAGCGAAGAUUUAACGGAGAAGAAGGGGGAUAUUACCCUGGAUGGGAACUGCUGUGUGGAGUCAUUACCGGACAAGGAGGGAAAGAAAUGCCUCUUUAUUAUAAAAUGCACUGACAAAAGUUUUGAGAUCAGUGCAUCUGAUAAAAAGAAGAAGCAGGAAUGGAUUCAAGCCAUUCAGACCUGCAUCAGCCUGCUGAAGCUGGGCCUACCGGCCCCGCACAAGGAAGCCCGGCAGAAACGGAAGGAACUGAGGCAGAAACUGCUGGCGGAGCAGGAGGAGCUGGAGCAGAGGAUGAAGGAUCUGCAGACCGCUAACGAGAACAAGCAGAGGGAGCUGGAGACCAUGAGGAAGAAACUGGCGGAAGCAGCAGCCGACGCUGCCGAAGAGGAGAGGAGACGGCUUCAGACGCAGAGGGAACUGCAGGACCGCUACCGGAUGGACCUGGAAAGGGAAAAAAUGGUCAGGCAGCAGAUGGAGGAGGAGGUGGCUCAGAAGUCCUCAGAGGUGGAGCAGUACCUGCAGCGGGUGCACGAGCUGGAGGACAUGUACCGGCGGCUGGAGGAGGCCCUGGAGGACGAGAGGCAGGCCCGGCAGGACGAAGAGGCCGUCCGGAAGCUGCAGGCCAGGCUGCUGGAAGAGGAGGCCAUGAAGCGCGCCGAGCUGGAGCAGAUCCACCUGCAGCAGCAGAGGGCCAUCUCCCAGACGGAGGCGGAGAAGCAGGAGCUGGAGAACGAGCGCCUGGCCAAGGAGCAGGCUCUGGAAGCUGCCAUGCAGCAGCUGGAACAGCUGGAGAGCGAGCGCAGAGGAGCGCUGGAGCAGUAUGAGGAGGUGAUGAAGAAACUGGAGAAGGCAGCAAAUAAGACCAGGAGCUGGAAGGACAAAGUAGCUCAACAUGAAGGCCUGAUCCGCUUAAUUCAGCCAGGAUCCAAGGGUCCGCAGCUGAUCACUAACUGGGGAGCAGCUGCUUUCACUGAGGCAGAGCUGAGCCUGAGAGAGAAAAGCUGGCAGGAGAAGAAGAACAGAACCACUGAGGCCCAAUAGAACAGACUGACAUACCCCAUGGAGAGCGUACAUCUCGGGCUGAUCAGCCCUGUGCUCAGACAUCCUGGGCAUUGGCACAGAUGUGGAGAAGGUUCUGGAACAUUCUUGACCACACCUGCAGCUGCUAGUGCAGAACAAGCUUACAGUCCCAUCUGAAGGGAACGUGAUGUUCAAUAGCAUUCCUGUUUCUUAACUAAAACUGCACCUGAUCAGCUAGAGUAGCCUGUUACUUUUUCUGCUGCACUUGAUAUCACUUCAGUUGAACCUGUCUGCCUGGAAUUCCAGUUUUUUGUUGAGUGUACAGUUUUAAUUUGAUAAACACUGCAUGCAUUAUCCAAAUGUUUUUUUUUUAUUUUGUUUACGUGGAGUAAAUCUGCAUUAGUUCAAAUCUUUUAUUUACUAAAAGUGUGGAUGAAAGAAUAUUAACAUGUUUUUGUUGACAAUAGAUGACAAUUUUUCCUGCAAAAAAUCUUUGGCUGUUUCUGUAGUAUUAGAUAUAAAACCCCAGAAGUUAUAUUACCUUCGCUAAAAAAAUCAAUCACACAGAGUAAUAUCUUGUUCUUUUGUUGUGAAGAUGUUUUCUAGGAUAUUUUAUAUAAUGAAGCCUGUUUUUUAACAAUAAUUAACAAUAAUUUCUCUAAUAAUGGUUACUGCUUUUGAGGAAAAUUAGUGUUUUACUUUAAAACUUUCAUGCUAUGUAUUAACCAAAAGACACUGGGAGAACAUUUGAAAAAAAAAGACCUUUUUGUAUUUAUUUUUAACUGAACAUUUCCAUGUAAAGCCUGAAAAAAACUUUUUGAAAUUGAAGACAAAAGUUAGUUGUUUAAUAUAAAUGUGUGAGUUUUAAGAAUGUACCGGUGUGCAUUUCCGUGACUAUGAAAAAGAGCUAAAGACUGAAGUUUUGAUAAAAAAAAGACAUUGCUACAAAUUUAUUUUACCAUUUUUUUAUCAAAUUAGAAAUAACUACUUUUUUAGGCUCCAUGUUAUGUGCAGUAAAUCAUUAAUUUUUAUACCAGAACAAUGGAAUCCAUUGACUUUCAGAUUUAAACAGUUUUCACUUAAAAUGGGAACAUGGAAUUUCAUAGUGAUUACUGUUCUGUGAAUUACAGUAGUUAUGUGACCUAAUUAAGUCAUUUUUAUUAACAGUUUCUUCAGGUACAAUUUCAGCCUGAAGUUAUUCUUCCUUCCUAUUUUGUUUACUGUUUAUCAAACAUCUUGAACAGUAUUUAAUAUUUAGGAAGUUUUAGUGUAGGUUAAAAAAAACAACUGAAACUGUACUUUAAUAAAGACGUUAAUGAAAUGACUAUA